AUGCAGAUUCUUUUUUCCACUCCUUUUCUUUCUUUUAUAUUAUUUCUUUCUCGCUUUCUUUUUAAUUCUCUUUUUCUUACUCUUUCAUUCUUUCUUUUCAUUUUAAUUCUAAUUUUCUUUUGCUACUCCCUUUCUUUCUUUUACUUUCUUCUUCUUCUUUCUUUCACUUUCAUUCAUCCUUUAUCAUUCUGUCUCUUUUGUUAUUGUCUAUCUCUUAACUUUCUUACUUUCUUUAAUUCUUGUCUCUUGUAUUACUUUCUUUUUUCUUUCGUUUUUUAUCUUUCUUUUUUGUCUUACUUUAUCUUUCUUUUUUUACUGAUUUGUUAUUGUCUCUUUUUUUUAGAUUAUUUUGUUUCGUUACUUUCUUUUUUGUUUCCUUUGCUUAUUUAUUUAUUUGCUUUCUUUACAUUGUUUCGUUUUUUGCUUCCUUUGCCUUGUUUGUUUCUAUUUUGCUUUGUUUCUUUCUUAUUUUUCUGUAUUUCUCACUUUCUUGUCGAAAAAAAAAAAAACAAAAAAAAAACGCGUCUGUUAGUUUGUGCUCAAAUUAUUUAUACGACUUCAGCGUCCAACUAA